AUGUCCUCGAAACUAGAAAGUCGAAAGACACCACAGCUAGGUAGCGAAGAGUUGAUCCCCUUUGACCAUGCUGCUGCCGGACACGAUGGUGUUCGUUGCACGCCUUCUGGCGCCUUGAUCGCGAAACCAUGCACGCGGCAGGAGGUAGAAUUCUACGAAUCCAGCGCGCUCCACCCGGCAUUCCAGCAGUUCAUGCCCCUCUACGUCGGAUCCCUCUCAUCCUCCGAACAACAGCAACCGCUGGCGAUUGCUGCCGCCCGAGAAUCUGGCGUUCUUCCCCUCCCCGACUCCGGCGUCGUAACUACCGCUUCCUCACAACCGCCAUCGCACACAUCCAUCGCCCCCGAAGACGGCGCUGUCCCGGCUAAGGAGGAAAAGGCCUGGGUGCCCUCCGGGGGCAAGGAAAUUGAUACCGCCUUGUCGAUCGUCCUGGAGAACAUUGCCUGUGGGUUCCGUCGGCCCAACGUGCUGGACGUUAAGCUCGGCGCGCGUUUAUGGGCUGACGACGCGCCGCUCGAGAAGCGGAAGAAGCUUGAUGCUGUCUCUAAGGAAACUACCAGCUCUAGCCUUGGAUAUCGCAUCGCGGGCAUGAAAGUCUGGACUGGCCACCAUGGGGAGACUGAUGAGGGCGAUCGGACAAAUCCAUAUGCUACAAAAUACGAGGGCGCAGAGGGUGAAAAGGGCGAAGUCAUCGAGAAGGAUGGAUAUCGGCGGUAUGACAAGUGGUACGGCCGCUCCUUCAAUGCGGAUAAUGUCAAGCAAGGCUUUGAAACUUUUCUUGCCGGUGCAAAGGCGGGCAAGAUAGACCGAUCAAAAUUGGUUUCCCAGCGCUUGGCGACAGAAUUGAAAGACUUGCAGCGGGUUAUCGAAUCCGAAGAAAGCCGGAUGUACUCUGCGAGUGUUCUGGUGGUCUACGAAGGAGAUAUAGAAGCGAUGGAGCUUGCAAUUGAAGAGGAACAGAAAGCCCCGGCACCCCGUUCCCGGGAAGAAGAAAAUGAUGACGAAGAUGACGAGGAAUUCGAACUUCCUGAAGAAGCCUUGGAGUUGGUCAAUGUCCAGCUUGGUGAUGGGAUGCCUCAGCAGGCUAUCAAUAUCAGCAUUGAUCCCGAAACCAUGCAAAUGCCCGAGGACGAUGACGAGGAGGACGAUAUUCCUAAAGUCCACGCCCUCCGCUUGAUUGAUUUUGCACAUGCCAGUUGGACCCCUGGCCAGGGACCUGACGAGAAUCUUCUCAAGGGCGUGCGCAGCCUCGUCAAGGUCUUUGAGGAACUGGCAGAGUGA